AUGGAUACUCUGUUGACCGCCGAGUCCGCGGUGAAAUCGCCUCGGUAUAGACGCAAGUCCAGCACAUACGUGGACGCCAUCCACGACCUUCCCGACAAGAGCGAGCUGGCGCCUGCCCAGCUAUACAGUACCGAAUCUGGACGUCUGUUUCAUUCUGGUCGGAUCGCCAUUGCUACCGUAGGGUUGCCCGCCCGGGGCAAGACACAUAUUUCCGUGGCACUGGCUCGAUAUCUCCGGUGGCUCGGGGUCAAGACCCGGAUCUUUCAUCUCGGGGACUAUCGAAGAGCCAUCGUCGGUCCGGGCGGGGACGUCCCCGACGACUACUUCUUUGUCAACGCCUCGGCCUCGUCGGUCCUGUUGCGGCAGAAGAUCUUGAAGAAAUGCAGAGAGGACAUCUACCACUUCCUCAACCAUGAGAACGGACAGAUCGCCAUCUACGAUGCAGUCAACCCCCUCUCGGCGGGGCGAAGAUCUCUGGCCAAAGAAUUUGCCAAACACGACAUCAAAACCCUGUUCAUCGAAUCCAGCUGCGACGACCAGCGGAUCAUCGAAGAGAACGUCCGCAGUGUUAAGAUCUCCUCGCCGGACUAUGUGGGAUGGUCGGAGGCGGAUGCCGUCAAACAUUAUCUGAGCAGGAUCGCAGCCAAGAUCCCGCAUUUUGAGACCAUGGAGGAACAAGACCUGGAUUGGAUCAAGAUGAUCAAUGCCGGCCAGAGACUGGUGGUCAACAAUACCAGCUUCGGCUACCUCUCGCACCGAAUCGUCUUUUACUUGUUGAAUCUGCAUAUCAAGUCUCGACACACGUACUUUGCACGUGCAGGCACGACGCCGGAGGAGGAGUCCUUCAAAGCAGACGCCUCGUUGUCCCCACAAGGAAGAGACUAUGCCAGAAAGAUGACGGCCACGUUGCUGAAUCACCGGGAAGAGGAGAGGAAAGCUAUUCAUGAAAAGGGCGGGACCGAAACUCCACUGAAGCCACUUAUCGUGUGGACUUCGACCCGGCGGAGGACGGUGGAAACGGCCGCCUUCUUGGAAUCAAAGGGAUUCAAAGUCAGGCAGCGGUCUCAAAUGAGUCAGCUGAAUCCCGGCGUGUGCGAGAAGAAGUCGGAGCGCAGGAUCCGUCAAGAGUAUCCCGAAGAAGUCUUGAAGCAUGAGCUAGACCCAUACCACCACAGGUUUCCCAGGGCUGAGUCAUACCACGACGUCGCUGUGCGCCUGGAACCGGUGAUCCUCGAGUUGGAAAGAGAGCAGAACGAUCUCCUCAUCAUCGCCCACGAAAGUGUGCUUCGUGUGCUAUAUGGGUAUCUGAUGGCGUGCAAUGCCGCCGACAUUCCCUUCUUGUCCUUCCCCCGAGAUGAGAUCAUCGAGAUCAUUCCUGCGAGCUAUAACAACGAGGCCAAACGCAUCAAAAUCCCUGAUCUCCCGCCUGAGAUCAUCCCCGCGUCACCCGAAGGCAUCCAAGCACCUGCUCCGCCCAGCGGGUUCGCCACCCCCAUCCCCGGCCUCGGAAGCGGAUUGGCAAGUCCUCUCGGUCCUGGUCGAGGGUCUGGGACGCCCGAGCCAUCGGCAUCUGGAUAUAAGACACCAGAAGACUCGGAGAACCUGUCUAUCCGGAUGCACGAUGUGGUGUGA